UAAAAAGGGAAAACCCAUUUUAUCCUUCACCAUUUUUUCUUGUGGCUUAAUCUUUCUCUCUGAUAAUUAAUGGCUGUGAAAGUGAAACCCUCUCGGAUCCAGAAGAAAGCUUCUUACGACAGAAAGCUCCGAGGAUUUCUGGAAGAGUAUAGCAAGAUUCUUAUCGUGACAGCUGACAAUGUUGGUUCGACGCAAUUUCAGAGCAUAAGGAAAGGUCUGCGCGGCAAUUCUGAAGUGCUCAUGGGCAAGAACACCAUGAUGAAACGCACUAUCAAACUUUUUGCUGAACAGACUGGAAACGACGCCGUUCUCAAUCUCCUUCCUCUUCUCGUGGGAAAUGUGGGAUUGAUUUUUACCAAGGGUGAGUUGAAGGAAGUAGCGAAAGAAGUGGGCCAGUACAAGGUGGGAGCCCCUGCCCGUGUUGGUCUCGUUGCUCCUAUCGACGUUGUAGUUCCCCCUGGAAACACUGGCUUGGAUCCUUCGCAGACUUCCUUCUUUCAGGCGCUCAACAUCCCAACCAAGAUCAGCAAAGCCUCAGUGGAAAUCAUAACCCCUGUUGAGCUCAUCAAGAAGGGCAACAAAGUGGGUUCCUCCGAGGCUGCUCUCCUCUCCAAGCUUGGCAUACGACCCUUCUCUUACUCCUUGAUAGUUGUGUCUGUCUAUGAAAAUGGAUCAGUCUUCAGCCCGGAUGUGCUUGAUAUUACAGAAGACGACCUCGUUAUCAAGUUUGCAGGUUCCUUGGCCAUUGUUGCUUCUUUAUCGCUGGGUAUAUCUUACCCAACUCUAGCCGCUGCGCCCCACAUGUUCAUGAAUGCGUAUAAGAAUGUUCUGGGUGUGGCAGUGAGUACAGAUUAUUCAUUCCCUCAGGCAGAGAAUGUGAAGGAGUACUUAAAGGAUCCGAGCAAGUUUGUUGUGCUGAUUCCUCCUCCUGUGGCAGCAUCUGCUGAUCUUGGUAGUGGUCCAACAGCUUCCAAGGAUGAAAAACCCGCCGAGGAAAGCAGUGACGACGAUGAACCAAUGUUAGGUUUGUUUGACUGAAAAGGGACAGUGAUGACAUAGCAUGGAUGGAAUGUUUUCUCUAUUUCGAAAUCAGAAGCUUUUCUUUCCUUUUCUUUCUUGGGGAUUAUGCUUUAAUUAGGGUUUUUAUUUUCAAUUGGCAGUAAUGUAGUAUGUUCAUGCAUGUUGAAUCAUAAUAUCAACAACUAUAUGGUUUUAGUGUGGAUUAUCUAGUAUAUGUAGUUGCUACUAGCUGAACGUUUAUCCGAGUUAUUAUAUAUGUGUUGCUUUUGCUGUUUCAA